AUGCCCUUUAAGUGUGCCAUUCCAACAUGCUCGUCUUCUAAAGAUCCAAUGCUGCUUGCUGAAUGGGAAAGCAACCUUCACCUGUUGGAUGGUCAACAUCUUUCAUCAAAGUCGAAAAUUUGCCAAUUACAUUUCUCAGAAAGUGAUAUUAUUAAAGGGAAAACAGUGAAGGAAAAUGGCAAAGAUUGCUUUAUUUCCCACAGAAAUUGGAUACUUAAGCCAAAUGCUCUACCCUCAAGUGUUCAGCCAUUGCCACUUGCACUGGAUUUACCAGCAUUUAUCGAGGAGGAAGCUGAUAUGCAGCACUCAUUAGCAGUGCAGUCCCUUCCAUCGUCUUUAAAUGGAAUGAAUAACACCAAUUGUGAAGCUGAGAUCCCUUUAAGUGUAGUUGAAGAACUAGGCACUGACAGAUCUACCUCAAAAGGAUGUGAACAACAUGGAGAGAAACGAUCAUUGGUUAUUGAUAAUUUAUCAUCUGAGACUAACAAUGCGGGGAAGCGCAUCUGUUUAGACGAUGCCACGGUUUUUACGGCAAUUGAACAACAAACCCAACUGCAAGUGAUGGCUACUGCUGAACAGAUAUUGAGCACAAUAGUGCCAUCUUCUUAUUUUAGAGCAAAUGAAGCAGUUUUAAAAAUACCGCCACCCCCUGCUUGGGUUUGGGUCAAAGCUGCUAUUGCCAAAGGAUGGACGUGUAAUGAAUUCGUUAGUGAUGACAUUUUUACAGCUACGUUUUGCUUGGGUUUAAAAAUGGACAACCUUGACAUCUCCAGUUUGGCGGAAAUAAAAGGCAGAAUUCUGAAACACGGAACUUGGAGAGCAACCAGUUGCCAAUUGCUGUUGGCCAAUGGGCGGCGAAACACAUGCACAUCAUGUUUGUCUUUACUCAACGGUACCCGCAAAAGAUUAAAACGCUUGGCGUUCAGGAAUCGCCAACUGCAGAACACACAUUACCGUUUUCAAACGAAACAACACUUGAUUCAACGGCUGCGUUUGGAAUCGUUGAAAUUGGAUGUAGCCAGGCGAAAAGUGAAAAGGGCAAAACUAAGUAACAAGUCCUUGAAAAAGAAGAUAAAGCAGCUUGAGGAGAAGUUUGAUGCACUGGAUCACUCGAAGGUUGAGAUGUUAAUAAAAGAUGAUGUUCAGCUAACUGAUUCGAAGGCUAAAUGCCUGAAUAAGAAAAGUAUGAGAUACGAUGCCGAUUGGCUCUUAGAUUGCCUUAUCCUUCACUUGAAGAGCAAGGCAGCGCCCUACAUGGCUUCCUGGAUACAGCCUUUUGCCGUAUUUGCCUCCAAAAACUCAACUUCCGGUGAAGACCUUUACCGCUUGGUUCUGAAGGCUCUUGUAUUGUUGGAAGAACACGGUGCCAUCGUUAAAUCAAUUGUGUGCGACGGAGCGGCAACGAACAAAAAGAUGUGGAGCUUGGCUGGCGUUUACGGUCACACGGACGACCAUAAAGCCAUUCUGAACAACGUAAUGUUGCAUCGAACAAAUCAAGAAAAGAUAUAUGUUAUGGGCGACGCCCCACAUCUGAUCAAAUGCAUCCGCAACCAUAUAUUGAACACGACUAACGUUCAAAUGUCUGGGAAACUUGUUAGCUGGACCCAUGUCGAAGAGCUUUUCGCGACUGAUAGCUCAACUGUUGGGGGUUUGCAGGCUUGUUCUCGCCUAACCCCAGUCCAUAUUCAUCCAACAAACAUGCAAAAAAUGAAUGUUUCUCUGGCAGCACAAGUAUUAUCAAAAUCUGUCGCGGAUUUGUUCCGGUAUUACAGAACGCAAACAGAAGACCCUGAGCUUGCGCUACGUUUCAAAGACACUGAAGGAACUGAAGAGCUGUUUCGUUUAAUUAACGAUGUAUUCGACAUCAUGAACGGACGAUGUAGAAAGAAUGCUAUCUCAAGAGACGACUGGGAACGAAAAAAAGACCGACUCAGAGAGCUGCUUACGCACAUAGACGAAUCUGAGUGCUACGGAUGGGAUUUUGAGGAUGGAUUUGACUGCCCACCUUUAUAUCCCGCGUUUGCCUCGACGUUGACUCUCUCAACAUUGAGAGUCACCAUACUCAGCACUAUAGAUUUGGUGGACGAGCUGUUGGACUUGGGUUUUACCUACGUUCUGACGGGGAAAUUUAAUCAAGAUUGCAUAGAAAGAUUUUUCGGGAUUAUUCGCUCUUGCGGAGGCUCAUGCAAUAAACCAGCUGUUUCAUCAUUUCUUCAGCUCUUUCGCAUGCUGACACUGUACUACCCCACCAAAACUAUUAUUGGAUCAAAUGUGGAUGGAGUGGAGCGCAUGGUUCUGCUUUCAUCUUACAAGGACUGGCUCAAAAAUAGUAACAUUCCAGCAUUCACCAACCUGUUCGACAGUGUUCCAACUACAACUUCUUCUUCGACAGCCAGCCACGACUCUAUACUCACUGCACCACAGUCAGCUAGUAGCAGUCAUAACCUGGUGUCUGAGACGGUUAGUAGAACACCGACCAACAUCCAAAAUACAACGGAAAACAUCUUUACUGAGACUGUCCAGUAG